AGGCGACGGAAAUAUCUCAAGGAGUGGACGUCCCACCGUCGCAGACCAGCCACCGCCCCCGAAUAGUUUACCAUACCACCAGACAAUGGAGCGGGCCGGACUGCGACGGGCGGAGGCAGCCGCCGCCGGGCGCGGCCGCCGUUCCUAGCACAGGUUCACUGCCGACCGGCCGCAACCCAUCGUCCUCCUCCGGCCGCGGGAGCUCGCCGGGAGCCGGGUUGAUUGGGGGGGUGCCAGUGGCCGCAUACAUGGAGGAGGAGGCGUCCGCAGAUCCAACAGCCGCCGCCUCGUCCUCCUGCGUCUACUUCUCCGGCUGCGGGCUCUGCUGAUUCGGACGCGCCCGUGGGGAGUCUCUGGUGAUUGCGCGCGCACAGGUGACUUGCUGGGCUUGGGUAUGGUGGGCGCCGGCGAGGGGGGCCGCGCUGGCGGCAGCGGCGCCGGGGUGGGGGCAGGGGCAGGGCAGCCGUUCGUUGACCGGAGCAAGGUGAGGAUCCUCCUCUGUGACAGCGACCCCGACAGCUCACAGGAUGUGCUUCGCCUCCUCUGUAACUGCUCCUACCAAGUGACCUGCGCCAAGUCUCCACGGCAGGUGAUCAACGUGCUCAACUGCGAGGGCGCUGAGAUAGACAUCAUCCUCGCCGAGGUCGACCUGCCAGUCUCCAAGUGCUUCAAGAUGCUCAAGUACAUUGGCAGGAACAAGGAGCUGCGUCACAUCCCCAUCAUCAUGAUGUCCAAUAGAGACGAGGUUUCUGUUGUUGUCAAGUGCUUGCGGCUCGGGGCAGCCGAGUACCUGGUCAAGCCGCUUCGCAUGAAUGAGCUCUUGAAUCUGUGGACCCAUGUGUGGCGAAGGAGACGGAUGCUUGGUUUGGCCGAGAAAAACUUCUUCAUUGACAAUCUUGAGUUGGUGCUAUCCGAACCUAGUGAUGCCAAUACCAAUAGCACCACACUCCUUUCGGAUGAGACAGAUGACAAGCCAAAAGGAAAUAGAAAUCAUGAAACAAAUACCUCGAGUCAAUAUGAAUAUGAGUCUCCUGCUACGGACCCCCCAAAAACAGACCAAUUGGAAAAUUUACCUAGCAUUGCGGAAGAUGAUGACAAUGCAUCAUCUCCAGGAGGAAUGUUUUCACGCCCAAUAAAGACUAAUUUGAGGAUAGCUGAGUCAUCUGCAUUUCUAGCAUAUGUUAAAUCAAGCACUCCAGCAAACAGCUCAUUGGAUACUGAACUACAGAGAGGGGCUAAUAAGUUAGAUAUUGUGGAUCACCAGGUUAAUUUCUCCGGUUCGACUGACAGAAUCGACACUAAUAGCAGUACAAAUAUUCAGGAUGAAAAAGCUUUUGAGAUGCCCACGCAGUAUCCUUUGGUUUGCUUUUCUUCCUCUAACUUGCAACUGGAGCAAAGGAAUGAGGGUCAACAAGAUGUUUCAGGAAACCCUCCUGUAUAUCAUUACCCAUUUUAUUAUCCAGGGAUGGUAGAGCAUAGCAUGGCACUUCAUUCAGUUCAAAGUUUCCAAGGAAACAUAAACACUGCUCAAGCUCAUACACCACCAACAAUGCUCCAUCAAUACAGUGUUUAUCACCAAUCCCAUGGUGCGUCUACAAUGCCAUCGUAUCAGUACAAUCCUGCUGGUAUGAAUGUGCAUUCAAGUCACUUGUCAAUGCAGAAUGUGUGGUCAUCGGUAUCGAGCACACCAAUUUCCGAGGAAAGACAUGGUCACUCUGGCAGGAGGGCUGCAGCACUUGCAAAAUUCAGGCAGAAAAGGAAGGACCGCUGUUUUGACAAGAAGGUGAGGUAUGUUAAUAGGAAGAAACUUGCUGAAACAAGGCCGAGGGUGCGGGGUCAGUUUGUUAGGCAGGCAAGCAACACAAGCUACACAGAUAUAAUUAGCACUGGUGAUGAUAUUUCUGAAUACGAAGACGAUGAUCCAUCCUCCAGGGACGUUGAGUUGGUUUCUUCACCAGAGUAGUAAAAAGGUCGUAUUAUAUGUGAAAUGGUGUUGCGGAUGAUCAUUGCUUACUUUGCAACUCAGAAAGCAUAGGCUACAUUAUUCCCGCUAGUAGCAAAUGCAUCAUUUUGCUCACACAAUACAUCCUCAACCCCCAACCGCUCAAAAGAACUUGUGGCAUAUGUAUGGAUAAUACUGUGGACAUUUUGAGCAAUUGUAUUUUGACAAUGUAAGUAUCACUAGUCAGUGAUACACAUGGCAUUGUGAAAAACUCUAUAACCUCUUUGUCUC